GAAUACUCUUGUAGGGUUCGUAGGUUUUUUUUUUUAUAUGGCCUCAUCCUCUUCUUCUUCUUCUUUUGCUCAUCCCCCUCCACAAAAGCAUGAGGUGUUUAUAAGUUUCAGAGGUACAGAUACCCGGGACACUUUUACCAGCCAUCUCCAUGCUGCUUUAGUUCAUAAGAAAAUUCAGACCUACAUGGAUUGCAGACUUGAGAGGGGGGACAAAAUUGGACCUUCCCUCUUGCAAGCGAUCGAGGAAUCAAAGCUCUCGUUGAUCGUUUUCUCGGAAAACUAUGCUUCUUCCACCUGGUGUUUGAAUGAACUUGCGCACAUAUUGGAAUGCGGAAAAAGAAACGGACAAAUUGUCAUACCCAUUUUUUACGGCAUAGAUCCAUCACAGGUACGGAAACAACAGGGGAGUUAUGAAGAUGCAUUAGCUGAACUUGAAGAACGUUUCAAAGACAACAUGGACAAAGUGCUCAUGUGGAGAAAUGCCUUGAAGGAAGCAGCCGAUCUGUCUGGCUUUGAGAAUUCAAAAAGAACAGGGACGGAGGCUGAUUUCGUUGAGGAAGUUGCCGAAGAUGUUCUGACCAAACUGUAUCGCGCAUUGUCAAGUGAUUUAGAGGACCAGGAUCAAUUUUGUUCAAGAAAAAUCAGUGAUUUCAAAGGCAUGCCUUCGCGCGCGUCGGUGCGAGGCGGGAGGAGAACGGCCGAUGCGGUCGGCUGUUUCGCGAGUUGCACGUUUAGCGCUGGGAAGGCGUGAGAAGGCGUUGCAAGGCGUGGCCAGGCGGAGAGGUGUUGCAAGGUGCACCAUAUUUGGAAACUUCUGAACCGGAAGAAAUUUUCAAGUCUGCAAAUCGUCUGCGAGGAAGAUGACCCCCUUUUUUUUUAUUUUUAGGUUUAUCGUAAUGAAUCGACGUCGUUUUGAUUGAAGAGUUUA